AUGGAUAGAUCAACCCAUUCAAAUGCUAGACCUGCUAGUGGUAGUAGAGAUAAAAAUGAUUAAGGAAAAAAGGAACAUGUUAUUGCUUAGUUAGAAUAGAUUGUUAUGGAUCGUUUGAAAAAUACAAUUAAAGAUAUUGAAGUAACUGAUUCUUGAUAUAUUAAUCAGGUUGAAUAAGAAAGAUAAAUGAAGUAAAAAUAAGAUUAAGGGAAAAAUGAUUAAGUUGCUGUAGCUUUAUGGUAGAAAAUUAAGGGAUGGGCAACUGAAUAACCAUUUAGUAACUGAUUCAAUUUAAAUUUUAUUAGAAAGAAUAGCAAACUAAAUUGUAGAUAAUCAAAAAAUACCAUAAGAGGCACGAUAAAGAUACUCAAAACCUUUCUUAGAUUAAUAAAAAUUGAUUAUGAAUAUAGAAUAAGAUAAGUCUAAAGUAAAAAUUAAGUUAAACGAAUACUAUUAAACUUUAGCAAAAUCAACAUAAGAUAAUAUGAAUUCUAUAAGUGUUAGUCUUGGUAGAUUAGCAAAUGCAGGUUGUUGUGGAAAAGGAGAAGCAUUGAAAAAUUUUGAAAAUGAAUAUAGAAAAAUAGAGUUAGACUUUAUUUAAUGGUCAGCAUUACCUAAUUUAGAAAAUAAUAAUGUUGAUAUUUUUGUAGUUAAAACAAGUCUAAAUUAUGAUGAUUUUAGAUCAUUCUUAAUUAAAUAAUUAAAUGAUUAUUUUCCUAGUGCAGCAGGAGAAACUAAAAUUAUAGAAAAACCUGUUGAUAAAGUAGUUUAUGUAGAUAAACCAGUUGAUAAAAUUGUAUAUGUUGAUAAGCCUGUUGAAAAAAUUGUAUAUGUGGAUAAACCUGUUGAAAAGAAAGUCAUUGAGUAUGUUGAGAAAGUUAAAGAGGUUCCAGUUUAUAGAGAUUAACCUAUUCAAGAUGAUAGAUUAAGAACUGCACAUGAGAUGCUCUAUGGAAUUGGAAGACCUUAAAAUAUUACUGAAGCUCUAAAUUUAUAUUAUGAAUUGGCAGAAGUAAAUUAAGAUGUUAAUUCAUUCAAUAUUAUUGCUUAAAUAUUUUCUGAAGGUAAGUUCUUUCCAAAAGAUUUGAAUAAAGCUUAUACUUAUUGGGAGAAGAGUGCUGCAUAAUCAAAUGCAGAAGGACUCUAUAAAAUAGGUAGGUUGUUAUUAGAUUAAGUAAUUGAUGGAUAAAUGUUAUCCUAAGGAAAAUUAUAGACUAGGGAUGAAUAGAAAUCAGAAGCUGUUGUAUUCUUUUAAUAAGCUAGUGAACAAGGACAUUUGGAUGCACUUGUAGAUUUGGGUGAGAUAUUUGAGAAUGGUCUCAAAAGUGAAGAUGGAGAAUCAUGUAUAUAUUAUAUAUCUUAUAUAUUCUAGAUAUAUAAGAACCUAGUCUAGAAUCAGCUGAAUUCUAUUAUUCAUAGGGAAAGAAGGUGAGAUAUCCUAGAGCUAUUAAUGCAUUAGGGCUCUUUUAUUAUAAUCAUCCAGAAUUUUAAGAGAAGGUCUUAGGGAAUAAUUAUCGCAAAGCCCUCAAAUAUUUUGAAAUAGCUAAAGAACUUGGUUAUGCUAAUUCACUAUAUUGGUUAGCUCAAUGUUAUGAAUUUGGAUAUGGAGUUGGAGUUAAUUUAGAACAAGCUAAAAGUUAUUAUAAAGAAGGAGCUUUGAAAGGAGAUGUUUCAUGCAGACUAUAAUAUAUGCAUUAUGUAAUGAAAGAUUGUAGUAAUUCAGGAAGGUAAGAAGAUUACUUAUUUGCACAUUAAUAUUUGAUUCAAAUCAUGAUCUAGAAUCCUGAAAUCACAGAAGUUUAUUUUUAUUUAGGACAUCUUUAUGAGUGUGGAUUUGGAGUAUAAAAAGAUCCACAAAAUGCAAUUCAUUAUUAUUUUAGAGGUGCAAAACUAAAGAAUCCUACUUGCAUGACCAAAUUAGGAGAUUGCUACCAUAGUGGAUUUGGUGUUCCUGAAAAUUAGAGAGAAGCUCUUAAAUUCUAUAAAGAGGCUGCUGAAUUAAAAGAUUCAGAAGCAUUAAUUAAUAUGGGUCUUAUUUAUGAAUAGGGAUAUGAAGGAGUGAGUAUAGAUUAUGCUAAGGCUUUUAAUGCUUAUGAAGAAUCUGCUAAAUUAGGUAAUGCAAAAGCUGAUUUCCAUUUGGGUUUAAUGUAUGAGGCUGGUAAAUAUGUUAAAAAGGAUGUCAAUUAUGCAAUUUAAAGAUAUUAGAAAGCUGCUCAGAUGGGAUGUUAAGAGGCAAGGGAUCUACUUAAAAAAAAAUAGAUUCCUAUGUUGUAUGAUGAUUCAGGCAAUAAUGAUUAAGAAAUGAGUAUUAUAUUAAUUUUAACUUAGAUGUCCAUGCUGCAAAUAGAAAUGCCAUUAUGCUUAAUGAAGUUAUUCCAAUGAUUUAAAAUCCUUAUAUUAUUCAACAAGGGAAGAAAACUAAUUAAUCAAUCAUUGCUCAUAAAUCUCAACAUUAGGAAAUGGGUGAAGGAAAAAUGAUCAGUAUAUUAGCUUAGCCAAAUGCCACUCAAUCUAAUUAUGUAUAAAGUCAUUAUUAUAAACCAGGCUUAUAACACUGAUA